GUAGAACAAGCAUUGUACCAUGGCGCACUCUUGUGGUGUAUUAUUGUGGCGUUCACUUCCGCCAUCACUGACGUAAUAUCCGGUGGUGCAGCAGCCAUCUUGUCUGUUCGGGCACGUCUGCUCCGACGUUUAACAAACUGCCGUUCCACCUUGAGAAACACUCCGAAAAAUAGUUACGAUGCUUUUGUUUAAAGUUUUAUAAUAGCAGGAUCUAAUAAUAUAAUAAUUCCCCAUCCGGAGAGGUGCGAUAAAAGGCCAAAGUUAGCACGGUCCGCAUAGAAGCAUGUCGUGUGAAGAAAGCUACUUGGCCAUCAUUCGUUAUCUGACCGAUGAGCACGAACCCUACGCCCCGGGCACUCCGGGCAACACAAAGAGGAAGAUCCGCAAAGCGGCGGCCUGCUAUGUGGUGCGGGACGGGACUUUGUUCUACCAGCGUCGGCGGAAGGGCCAGGAUGCAUUCAGCGAGCUGGAAGUGGUGCUGCAGGACACCCGCAGGAAGGAAUUGAUCAACCAGUCGCACAUCCUCGAAGGAGGGGAGCACCUCAACCAGCAGCUCACCUGGGAGUCCAUAUCUCAGAAGUACUGGUGGAGAGGAAUCCUGAAGCAUGUGAAGGACCACAUCCGAGAGUGCGGUGACUGCGUGCAUCGGCGGAGCGCGGAUGAAGGACCAGGUCGAGGAACGUUUGGCCGCCUGACAAAGCGCAAGGUUGCCGAUGAGGACGGGGAGGAAGAAGAAGAAGAAGAAGAGGUCGAUGAUGGCCUGUUUUUCAUGGACCCAGCCGGUCAGCACAGAUCCAAGCUGGCAAAGAAGCAGGAGCUUGUCUUUGUGAACAGCAUGGGCGAGGUGAGCCAGUUCCUGUCCCAGCACGGACAAACCGUGUUGGCCAAGCUCAACCAGCAGCGUCUCGACAAUAAAUUCUGUGACAUCACGCUGCUGAUCGAGGGCGAGGAAUACAGAGCGCACAAAGCCGUGAUGGCGGCGUGCAGUGAAUACUUCAACGAGCUGUUCUUCGAGAAGGGCGCCGCCACAACACAUGAAGCCGUGGUGGACCUCGCUGGUUUCACCAAAGACAGCUUCCUGCCGCUGCUGGACUUCGCCUAUACAUCCACACUCACCUUUAACUUCAGCAUCAUGGCGGAGAUCGCCAACCUGGCACGCCACCUGCUGAUGGCAGAGGUGCUGCAUAUCUGUGAGCUGGUGCACAAACAGGUGGAGGAGCGGCAGCUGAAGCUGUACAAGCGAGGGGACGUCCACAUGGCGGUGCCGGACCAAGUGGCGUCUCCUCAGGAUGCCAGGGAUGCAGGCGGCGCAUACACAGUCACCAUUCAGAGCGAUGGCAGCGCAGUUGUCACCCACACGGGACUCGCUGUGGCUGGCGAGCCGUUUACCAUUGUGACGCCUGCUGGCACCGAGCAGCCUGUGGCCGUCACUGCUCACACGGUAGAGGGCACCACCGUGCUGGGAGGCGAGGGCGGCGACACGCUGACACUAAUUGCGCAUGCUAGCCAAGCGGCUCUCAUCUCCCACGGCGGUGAGGGCAAGGGUGGGGAAACCAUGACGGUUGUCACCCACAGUGGACAGGCGGGCGGCGGCGAGUCCUUCUGCCUGGCCAUCGAGCAGCCACAGGCGGCAGAGGCGGAGGCCUUUGUUUUAAAUGUGGAAGCGGACCAGGACACGCCCUCAGAGGUCACCCCGUCUGCCAUCACCCCGCCUGAGGUACACACCCUGGCAGCAGUGCAAGGCUCGGGCACCGAGACAUUGGCGCCAGCAUCGGACCAGCUCACUCCUCCUCCCCAGAAACGUAAACGUGGACGACCGGCCAAGGUGAGGAAGGAGGUGGAGGUGUAUGUGCCACAGGAGGAAGAGGAGGACGUGAGAGAAGAAGAGGAGGAACUCUCUGCUGAUGAAGACAAGCCAGAAGCAAUGUCCGACUUCAACAAAAGACGACUGCGCCAGCGCUCCAUCGCGGAGGGGGGCUACGCUCGCCUGCACAUGGGCCUGGAGGAUGACGAGGAGGGAAAGAGUGUCCCAACCCCCCCACGUACCCCCACCCAAAAGGUGGGCCCAAGACCUGGAAAGAGGGGGCGCCCUCCAAAGCAGCCUGUGGAGAACCCAGCAGCAGAACAUCCCGAAUCUGCGGUGGAACCAGAAGCCGAGAGCACUGAAAGCGCUCCAGCUGAGGGUGUGUGCUCGGACGAGGCCGCCGCCAAGUCGACGGACCCCGAGGUCGCGCAAGACGAGCAGCACAAGGCCCCGGCAGAUGGCGGCGUGGAUGCAGUGUACACGUGUGUCGAGUGCGGCAUGUCGUUCCCGCGGCGCUACGCUCUGAUCAUGCAUGCCAUGAAGCACGACAAAGCGCGAGGAUACAAGUGCAGUCUGUGCAACAAAGACUUCCAGUACGCCACCUCGCUGCGCGCCCACCUGGCACGCCACAAGCAGAAGAGCAGCCAGCGAGCGCCCGGCGCCUCUAAAGCGUCGGCCGAGGAGUGCGAUAAGGCCUCGCCACCGCGCAGCACGCGCAAGUUUGUGUGCGACAUCUGUGGCAAGACCCUGCCCAGGCUCUACUCGCUCAACCUGCACAUGCUGCAGCACACGGGCGUACGGCCACACUCGUGCAAGGUGUGCGGCAAGACCUUCGCCCACAAGUACAACCUGAAGAUGCACCGCGUGCUGCACGACGUCACCAAGCAGUUCCAGUGUCAGUACUGCAACAAGUCCUUUGUCAGCAAGCGCAGCAUGGAGGAGCACACCAGCUUGCAUACAGGUGAGUCCAAGUACUUGUGCAACACGUGCGGAGCAACCUUCCACCGAGCCUCAGCGCUGUGCAAACACCUCAAGAAGCAUAAACCCAAACCAGACGUCCGCGCGUUCGCUUGUUCCCAUUGCGACAAGCGCUUCUUCGAGGCCAAAGACCUGCAGCAGCACAUGAACAAGCACCUGGACCUCAAGCCCUUCCAGUGCCAGGUGUGCGGCAAGUGCUACAGUUGGAAGAAGGACUGGUACUCCCACGUCAAGUCCCACAGCGUGGUGGAGCCCUACAAGUGUAACGUGUGCGGGAAGGAGUUCCUGGAGAAGGCGCUCUUCAGGAGGCACGUCAAGAAGGCCACGCAUGGCAAGAAGGGCCGCGUCAAGCAGAACCUGGAGCGGCAGUGCGAGCAUUGCGGCAGGAAGUUUGCCCAGCUCAGGGAGUACAGACGCCACAUGAACACCCACCAAGGUAUAAAGCCUUUCGAGUGCGUGACAUGCGGCGUGGCGUGGGCCGACGCCCGCUCCCUCAAGCGCCAUGUGCGCACGCACACGGGCGAGCGUCCGUACGUGUGCCCCAUCUGCCAGGAGGGCCACAUCGACGCCCGCACGCUGCGCCGGCACAUGACCAAGCACCACGUGGACAGCCUGCCGGGCAAGAUCAUGCUGGAGAAGGACACGCUGCAGUUCCACAACCAGGGCACGCAGGUGGAGCACGCCGUCAGCAUCCUGCCGUCCGACCUGCCUCCCGAGUUGCGCCUCGCCGAGCCGUCGCCCUCUGAGGAGAUCGAAACGGUGCUCAUCACAGAGGAGACGGUGGAGGCCAUGGACGCCGUGGAGGCGGUGCAGGUGACCGACGGCUCGGUGGCGACGCUGUCCGAUCAGGGCAUCAUGCAGGUGGUCAACUACGUGCUGGCGCAGCAAGCCAUCACUGGCGUCAAGCUGGAGGACGCGCCCGAGGCCGUUCAGACCAUGGAAGUGGAGUAAACUUGACUUCCGAUGAAUUACGUGUACAUAGUGUUAUUACAUGUGAACUUAAAGAAUUACUUUUGCACUCAGGUGAAAUAUUUGUAGGAAGUCAAGAGUCGUGGCUUUGACGGCUUCAACAAUGAGCGAAUAAAAGCAAUGCUGACGCAUCUCCUUGUUUUUGGUUGUUUGCUCACGGCAGGCUCACUGCAAGGUGAAAGGUCGACUGUGUUGGAUCCGUACGUACCACUCACCGGACACUUCAUUAGGUACACCUGCCCGAAAUUCUGCCUCAGCCAAGAAAGGUAUUCCUUGAACAUGUUUGCUAUUGUUGCGGCUGCUACAAGUGAACGGAUAACUUUUGUUAAGGAUAUCGGCAUCUUGCCGCUCACUUUAUCCAUAAUCGGAGGAUGAAAGGUGCAUCUCUGUGUGUAGUUUGAGACAUCUGUUAACCAUUGCCGCGGGGGAGCAAGAACGAAUCAGGAGAGCUUAAUGUCAGACUGCAAAGUGACGUUCAUGCUAUCGACCCAAGCUACCUUUGUGAUAUACCGGUAGCUUGCGAUCGCCGUAAUGGGCACCCCUUGUUUUAAACUAUUUAAUCUGGCCGGUAUGCCAACAAUAUGGAAUUGCUAGCCUUGUAACGCAGUUGUCAUGCUUUAGUUGACACUUUUGACAUAUCACAUUGACAGUUAGCACUUCAUUUGCUAAAGCUAGCACCUAGCAAGGUAGUGAGCAUGUACAUAAAGUCUUAACUGCUACCUGUUGUAAUUGUGGCAGAAUCCCAAAGAAAUUGAAAUGCAAACAAUGCUAAUAGCUAGCAUGCGAACAGAUUGCAUAGUAGCAUUUUUUGGGCGUAUGUAUCUAUGAAGAAAAUGUCAUAUUAUAGCAUGUGUCGCCGUGGUUACACGGAAUGUGACAAAAUGUGAAUGCCAUCAUUGAGACUAAUCUAGUGUUGUAUCGUGUGGGGGUUCUUUGUUUGUAUGCUGUCACCAAAAUUCAUCAGAGAUAUACAUAAUAGUGACUGAUAUCAGGAAUAAUAAAAUGGGCUGCAUUGCUUUUUAGCAUUAGAAGUUGCUAUUGUGCCACAGGCAGGCCCAUACAAAUGAAAUGGGCUGUAUUGCUUUGCAGCAUUGGCGGUUGCAGGCCCAUAAUUAAAUGGGCUGCAUCGCUUUGCAGCAUUAGAAGUUAUUGCACCACAAGCAGGCCCAUAAUGAAAUGGGCUGCAUUGCUUUGCAGCAUUGGAGGUUGCAGGCCCAUAAUUACAUGGGCUGCAUUGCUAUGCAGCAUUAGAAGUCAUUGCACCACAAGCAGGCCCUUAAAAAUGAAAUGUGCUGCAUUGCUUUGCAACAUUAGAAGUUGCUAUUGCGCCACAAACAGGCCCAUAACAGUAAAAUGGGCUGCAUUGUGCUGUAGCAUUGGAGGCCCGUAAUAAGACACAACACAGUGGAUUAUUCAAGAUGCGUGGAUAUUUAUUUUGGAUUUAUAUCAAAAUAGCCUCGGCAUAUUGUGACAUAUUUACAAAACAUUGUACAAAAAUAGGAAAAUGAAGCUGUUAUUUAUUUAUUUUGCUUGCUUGCUUGCUUGCUUUCUUUCAACGCCAUCGUAUGCAAACCUUUACUUGAUUUCCUGAUGACAAUCCUGCACUGUUUCUCGGUAGGAGGAAAAAGGAACUAUACAACAUGUAUGUACAUUAAAAAAAAUAAAAUAAAAAAA